AAAAAAAGUUUAAAAAUGGGUUGUAAUACAAGUCAGGAAGUUAAGGCGAAAAAAACAGAAGAGGAUGGUGCAGCUCAGGAGGAUGGAAAAACUACUGAAACCGAACAGACAAUGCCAGCUAUGAAUGGUGAUGCUUCAGCACCAUCUGUUGAGGACAGUUGCUCGGAUGCAGCAAAUAAAAGUAGUAUUGUGCCUGAAACUGCUGCUGUGACCAAGGAGCCAACAGAGAGGGACCAGAAUGCACAGAACAAUGGUAUUCAAAAGCAGCACGGGAAGCAGCAACAACAACAAAAAUCACCAGAAGUGCCAGCAGGUGAUGUCACCAUUGUCGAUGAUGGAAAACAUCAUAACGGUCUAGUGAAUGGUGAUAUUAACGAUGACACUUCCAGUAGCAAUGUCAAACGAUGUGACAAAGCAGAGAUUAGCGAGCUGAACAAUGUGGAUAUCGAUGGUGAUGAAGACAAGGACGAUGUGAAUGAUGACGACGAUGAAGAAAAAGCCGCAACAAAAAUCCAAGCCGCAUUCCGAGGUCAUAAAGUACGAGCAACUAUGAAGAAAUCCGACGACACAUCAGCAGCAGCUGCUGCCGCCUCAACCAAUAAGAAUACACCAGCAGCUGAUGGCAAUUCAAAGGCUGAAGCCACAGCGGCGGCGGCUGAAGCUGAACCAACCAAAGAGGAGCUGGAGGCAGAAUUUGAUCCCAACGACAAAGAUCUCUGCAAUGCCGCUUUGAAAAUUCAAGCCACAUUCCGUGGUCAUUUAUCACGCAAAUUAGUUGGCAACAAGGAAGCCGAAGAUAUUGACAUCCAAGAGAUAACUAAAAAAGUCGCUGAAGAAUUGGAUAUUGAUUUAUCUGAUCCAGAGCUCAACAAAGCAGCAACAAAAAUUCAAGCCUCAUUCCGAGGUCACAAAAGUCGCAAAGAUAUACCAGCUUAAUUUAGCUUAAACAUAUUUUCAACAAAAAUUAUAAUAUAAAAAAAAAAAUAAAUUUUUUGUCAACAAAACUUUGUCAAACAAAUCAGAAUUUUAAAAUAAAAGCAAAAUAAAAUAUAAAUAAAAAAAAUUCAAAUUCAUUAAAAAAAUAAAUAAUAAAAAAAAAAAAUUAGAAAUAUAUAAGAAAAAAAAAAAUAACAAAAUAUUUUAUUGAAAAAAAAGAAAAAUUACAAACAAAAAAUAUUAAAGACAAGUCCAUUCUCUGCCUAACAUUCUUAAUUAUAAAAAUUUUAAAAAAAUAUAAAACCAAAAAAACACACAUAAUUAUGUGUGCCAUUAUUUAUAAAUAAAAAAAAAAAUCCUAACAAAAAAUGUAAAACCAUUAUACAUUAUAUGAAAAAAAAAACAUAUAUAAAUUGUAAGAAAAAAUCACAUUUUUGGCUUUUGUAGUAAGAGCAAAGCAAAUAUUUUGCAAAACAUAAAUUAAAAAAAUAUAAAACAACAAAUAAAUAUUUAGUAUAAAAUAAAAAAGAAAAAAAAAGAUUAAUCCUAUAAAAUAUAAAACUACAACAAACCAUGAUCUAUACCAACCAGCAAUUGAGCUUAGUAAAUAAUUAAAAUAUUUUAUAGUACGUAUUUUAUUCCUUCAUUUUUAUUUUUGUUCUUCAAACUUGUUUGUUUCUAAUUUCAAAAUAAAUAAAAAAUACAUAUAUUACAACAAUCAAAAAAGCACAAACAAAACACUUAAAGAGUUUUUUCUCAAAAAAACCAAAACAUUAUAGGGAAUUUUUGACAUUUGAAAUGCGAGCACUUUAAUGGCUGUUUCAAAAAAUAAACAUUCUCCUAUUUAAAUUAAAAAAAAAAACAAACAAAAAUGUUGUAUGUGUGAAGCGUCAAGAUUUCAACUUAUUAAAAAAAAAGGCAACAAACAAUAAUAAAACACCAAUUUUAUUCCUUCGAAAAUGCCAUUUCAAGUCAAUUGUCAAUAUUUGAAAACACAAGAAACCAAAUCGCUCCCAGAACAACUUUAAAAAAUUGUAAUUGCGAGAACACGUAACUUAUGAAACGUUUUUACCUGUUUUUAACACCUGUCAAAAAAUUACACGCCUUUAAAAAAAUAUUAAAAACCAAAAUAUAAAGUAAAAAUAAAUAAAACUUUCAAACCAAAACAAAAAAAUGUAUUAUGAAAAUUUACAGUUUUGCACUUGCGCUAGAUGAAAAAAAAAAUUUAAAGUGAAACAUCAAAAACUAUACAAAUCGUAUAACAAUUACCUAAAUAAGAUUUUAAAACAAAAAAAUAUUAUAACAACAAGUUUAUUGUAAUUUUACCAAAAAAACAAAUACAAAAAAAAACUUAAAAACAUUUUUUGCCAAAUAAUAUUGUUAUCAUUCUAGUUUUUAAUUUUUACUGAAAUUCUAUUAUUAUUAUUAUCUAUUUUAACUGGUUAGUAAGUAUCAAUCACCGAUUAAAGAAUGCAAAUUAAAUACAAAAAAUAAAAAAUAUAUAUAAAACUAAACACUCAUGCAUUAAGUAAAUUGAAAAGCUUUUUAAAGAAUAACAAAAAAACAAAUUAUUUGUUGUAAUCUACACUUACACUAAAAAAAAACACAUACAGGAAAAAAAAACACAAAACACUAAUUAACUGAAAACAAACAGAGAUACCUAAAGAUUGUUGAAUAAUUUUAUUUAAAAUUAAAAUAAUAAAGAAUUAAUUUAAAUUAUGAAGGAAAAGCUGUUAGAAAAAAAAAACAAACCCGAAAGAAGACAAAACAAAAAAUACACACAAAAGUCAGCAGAUAUAUUCAAAAACAAAGUUUAACACAAAAAAAUGAUCACAUAAAAUGGAAACAAAAAUUAACAAACAAACAAAAAAAAAUAGUAGCAAUGUGAAACCUUAGACGAUUUUGUUAUGUAAAUGACAAAUUUUAUGUCGGAAAUGGUACUUAUGUUAAAGAUAGUAAGAAAUAAAAACAAAUAAAACAAAAACUUA